AUUCAGGCCAGCUUACCACCCGAAUUAAGAAAUGAUCCUUAUCAGCUUCGUAGGUUUUCUCCUACCGCUGGGGACUACCUUAUAAAUAUGGAUCCAAAUAGUAGGAUCUAUGACCAUUUCAGUAUAAAUCCUGAUCAAAAUAUUAUUCACAUCGUCGUAAUUAUUUUGAUUUCAAAUCCUCCAGUAAUGAAGAAACUUCUGAACUUAUUACUUCCAAACCAUCUUCAUUUUCCGGAUCAGCCGUUAAAUGAGGACAGUUUGCCUUAUAAAAUCGGCUCAAAUAUAACGAUAAAAAAAUAUAAUAAAUUCCUUGAACGUCGAGAGUCUUCUGGAUAUAAAUAUCAACGAAGAGAUAACGGCGAUGUAUUUAUAAUUGACAUGAGCAAUCGCGAACAUGGUUUAGUUGCUUCGUUGUUGCAACGAUACUUCAAUUUUCCAAAUAAUAAUGUUGUUGUUGACCCCCCAAUAGUCGUUGGUAUUGAUGAAUUUCAUUUUAGUCCUUCUGGAAACGGCCAAUUAAUUGCAUCGGAUGUUACAAUAUUUCCAAAUGCAAAUCAUGUCCAACAACCUCAUAUUCCAUAUCCAGGCCCACCUCCAGGAGACAGAAAUGGUCGGCCACAUGCGCGAAUCAUUUGUGAAGUAGGCAACAAUCAAUCCACUAAAGAAUGGAAUAACAAGUGCCAACUAUGGAUGAAUCAAAUUUACAUACGAUAUGUACUUGGAAUUAAACUACACAAAAAAAGAAAUAGAAAAAAUACUCUUGGGCAAUAUCACAGAUCUAUGACGGCUAGAUUGUGGCAACAGGGAGCGGG